UUGUUUAUAGUUGUUAUCGAAACAAUUGCGUUGUGUGAUUUGGUAAUAAUUGGAUAUUCCAUUGAGACAAAAAUAUAGCAUUAAUUUUGAGAACAAUUUUUUUUUAUUAAGAUGAGUUUAAGUUAUGUUCAAGUAGCGGAAGACGAAGGAGAAGAACCUAUAGAAGUUCCUUGUGAAGAAGAUGGUACUCUGUUAUUGAGUACAUUAGCUGCACAGUUUCCAGGAACUUGUGGAUUGAAAUAUAGAAAUCCUGGUACAGGUACGAUGCGAGGAAUUAGAUUGACGGAUGGAAAAUUAAAUCCGCCAUAUGGAACUGGUUGGGGAAAUUCUCUCUAUAUAUGUGUUUUUCCUAAAGUGACUGAAAACAAACGGAAAUCAUGUGAUCAGCUGGAAAACAGCUCUGCUAAGACAAAAAGAAUGGAGACAAAGCAUAAAUGUUCUGAUCUCAUCGUUUUGGGAUUACCAUGGAAAACUACAGAGCAAGAACUUCGACAGUAUUUUGAAUCUUUUGGAGAAGUUCUUAUGGCACAAGUAAAAAAGGAUCCUAAGACUGGACAGUCAAAAGGUUUUGGCUUUAUUCGAUUCAGCAAUUACGAGUCCCAGGCUCGUGCAUUAUCUAAACGUCAUCUCAUUGAUGGAAGGUGGUGUGAUGUGAGAAUUCCAAAUUCAAAGGAUGGCCAAGUUGCAGAACUAAAUCGAAAAGUUUUCAUUGGGCGUUGCACUGAAGACAUAACAGCUGAUGAUCUCGAAGACUACUUCUCAAAAUUUGGUGAGGUAACAGAUGUUUUUAUCCCCAAACCAUUCAGAGCAUUUGCAUUUGUGACUUUCUUACAUCCCGAAGUUGCUCAAAGUCUGUGUGGUGAGGAUCACAUUGUAAAAGGUGCAAGUUUACUCGUUAGUAGCGCUGUUCCAAAAAACGCAAAUGCUAAUUACCACAAUCGAAAGUCAGAUAGCCGUGCACUGAGUGUGCCAUUCCCUCACAAUGCUGCUGGAUUUGGUCCAGGACACCAUAGUGGGAAUGCUAAUAUUUGGAAUCAGCCUCCAUACAAUAUGCCUGUGCGAGGAGGAGAUAAUAUACAAAAUUUGGCCCAACUAAGCACCACUUUAGGGUUAGGUAACCCAAAUCCUAACCAGGGAGGGGGAAAGGGUAUGAAUACAACGCCACCAACACUUAGUAUGGGUGCUCUGAAUUUGGGGGCAGCACUGCCACUGAGUUCUGCUGUUGUGGCUGCUGCUUUAGGUCAAGCUAGUCUUGGUAUUCUGGGUGGCAUUACGAACCAAGGAAAUUCUGAGGACUGCCCAAAUCCUAAUGUUAAUACUUCAAACCCAGGAAAUUCAAAUAUGGGUGGUAAUGGUUGUCCAACUUGGAUGAACCAGCCUUCUGGAAGUAAUGAAGGUCCCAUACAAUGGACCCCGAGAGAUGCGAAAGGCUAUGGUAUGCAAGUUUUAAACUAAGAGGCACAGCAUUUUUAACUUCACACCAUGAAUCAUCAUCUCAUUAUUUGUUGAGUUUGAAACCUGUUAAUUGUCAUAUAUUUUUUUUGCUCAUCAUUGAGGAGACUCAUUCUCUUUCAAUCUUUUCUCUAAAUAUUUUUCUUCUAAUUACUCAGCACAUAUUCUCAUCACAUUUCUUCUCACUUUCACGUUGAUAGACCUAGUCCUUGGUUCUGCUUUUUCAUAGGGAAACAGGUUUCAUAUCUCAACGUUGUUUGUUUGGCAUUUUUGGUUUUUUUUUAAAAACAUCCAAAUAUAUAUUAUUUUGUUAUGAAAUUGUUUAUAAGAGAGUCAGUUUAUUUAAGCAUGUGAAGAGUGUGCUAAGAGGAAUAACUUUUAAAAAGAUUUUUUAUUUGUGGAAAAGAGAAUUCACAAUUCGUGUCUCAUGAAUGAAUGUUAUCAUUCCUCUGUGUCUAAAUGGGAUAGCAUGUGUUAUAUGGAAAAGUGCCUUGCCUGGAGGUUUUAUGUAUUUUGCUCUUGCUGAGCGCGAUUUUAAUAAAUGAAAAAAUAAUAAAAAGUCUAGUUUGAGAUUUGAAACAUCAAGAAAAGCAGUUAAAAAAAAGUUGUAAAAAUUAUUUUACCAUAACGUAAUACAAAGUUACACUUUUAUCUUUGUGAUGUUCAGUGAUGUAUGUGUAAAAAGUUUAUGCAGUGUCUUGAAUACAUGAGUCUUUAAUGGAAGCUUGAUGUGUUAAAGAAUUAUUGAACUAUAAAGUGAUCUUUGUAAACAUGUAUAUAUGCAUAAAUAUAUUUGAAUAGUUCUGAUUUAAAUUAGAUAUGUAAAAUUAAGUUGAAAACAAUGGGGAUAUAACUGCCGUUAGUUGUAAGAGUUGAUAUUUUCGAAUGGGAAAGUUAUUAUUUCUGUAAUGAAUUUUUGGGAUCUGAAUAAUAACUUUUGUAUAUAUAAAGUUUAAUUCGGAUAUUUCUUUGAGACUAGUUAUUUUAUAUUUCACGUGCAGAAAACUACUGCUUAUAGUGAUUAAAUAAAUUUAGAAGUGAUAGAAUUUCCUCUUAUUAUUACUGAAAACUGUUCUUAAAUCUAUAAUCCAUUGCAGUGUAAUAGAAAUUUACUGUAAAAAGGCUUUCUUUUCCUUUACAAAAUGAAUUAUUUUUGUAUUAUACUACAUUUUUUGUGUGAACAAUUUUUUGUUACUUCAAGUUUAGAGGUUGAAUGUAUUUAUUUUUUCAUUCAUUUAAGUUUGAUAGAUUAUUAUUUUAUUCUUCCAGUAAUAAUAAGAUGGUUAUUAGAAAUAAUUAAAUCAUUUUAUUUGAGAAGUUUUUUUUUUUAAUGUGUGCCACUGCAGAUGCAAAAUCUUUGAUUUUCUUGCAAGGUUUAAAACUUGCUUAUUGUCUUUGAAUUCUCUUAAUUGGUGUAGGUUGAUUCAUGGUAUAGAUGUGCGUCUGUUAUUAGUUGGGCUGGUUUUAUUGUUUUAGUUUGUGAUUGUAGAUAUGAUUGAAAAUUAUCAAUACUCUAUGCUCUUAUUUCUGCAUAAUGUUACUGCUACUUUAUUUAGUAUAGUUUUAAUGGAAUUAUUAAUGAAUAAAUAAGUAUUAAUCCAUAGAAAUGAAAAUUAUUUUUUAUAAAACUCUUACGUUUAUAGUUAAAAAAAAUAAUGAAAGAACAAGGUUAUUUUAUAAAUACAUCUUUAGUUGGAUAACGAAUGAUAAAAAGUAACCUAAAAAUAUUGAAUAUUUUCAGUUGGAGACUACUUCAAAUGAAUGUAAUUCUUUAGAAAACUAAUUUUUAUAUAAAUUUAAAUAAUUAUGUUAUAGUAUGGAAGCUUUAAUAUUAUACAUACUUUAUCUGGUUCUUAGUUUAGACUGCUCCAAUCUUACUUCUCGUUCUAUGCUUGCUUUUGAAUUUUACUAAUAUAGUUUUGAUUUAAAUGAGUAUCAAAUUUUCUUUUAUUUGUCAUAAAACGUAGGCACACUGGAUGUUAUUUGCAUACAGAUCUGAUUAUUUAAUGGGAUGAAUUGCUAUCCAAAAGUUUUUAUUAUCAUUUAUUAGAUGUUUUAAUUGUUGGAAGACUGAAAUUAAUCUUUGUUUUCUUUAUUAUUUGCUGCAAUAAUUUUAUGCAUGUAUUUUUGUAAAAUUAUGUUUGUUAAAGCCUACAUAAAAUGCCUUUGUUUUUCAACUCUGUAUGUGUGCCGGUCUUAAGUUAUUUUAUAUGAGAUGUAAUUCCAUUCGUAAUUUCUUUUCUUUCUUUCUUUUUUUUUAAGUAUUAAUGUUUAAAGAGAUGUGGCAAGCUUAGUUAUCAGAAUACAUUACUUCAUGUACUUCAAUGUUUAAUCUCUAUGCAUGUUCACUCUAUUUAAUACUGUUUAACUUGUGUGUGAGUUCUGAAUAUUAAUGUAUGGAAGCUGUGGUGAUGUUUGAUGUAGAAAAUAUUAAAGAUAACAGGUGUUAAAAAACACCCAUGAGUAUGUAAAUGGAUAUGAUUGGUAUUUGACUAUUUGCUGUGAGUUGUUCUGAGUCUUUGGUUUGUAAUUAUGCAAGAUUGUCUGUUUCAAUAAAGUUUCUUUGCUGAA